AUGUCGGUUUUCAAAAUGGAUUCCGACACAUACUUCAUCCGCGACUUCGUAGGCCAGCCCACGGACCUUCAGGUCUACGACUACACGGACCAGCACACCGACUUCGACAUGGUUCGCCACAGCGGCUCGCGUUGGCGCCAGCCAACCAUCGUCGGCCUUUCCACCAGGGCGCAGUUCAAAGCCCUGGAGGUUUUCGGCGUGACGAUCGGAGGCGACCAGUUGAAGGAGCUGGUCAAAGAUCUGAGCUUCAGCAACUCGGCUGGUCAAACUUUCCACUUCUCUGUCAACCGUCAGGGCCUCUGCUUCUUGAUCGUGUACAGUCAGCCGAUCGUGCGGCUGAGGAUCAACGACCGUUUCGGCUGGUCGAGGUACGGGGUGAAGCCACAGCUUAGCAGCCGUGCUAUGUUGUGGAGCAUAUGUGACAUGAGCAACGGCGCCGUUUUGGUCCCGGUGGAUCAGCUCCAGGAUGGUACGGCUGGUGGGAAAUCGGUGAUGCACAGCUGCUGGAACAAGUUGGUGGAGGAGAAGAACAAGGUGAUCGAGGAGAAGGAGAAGCUCAUGGAGAAGACGGAGUCGCUGCUGACGAAGUCGCUGGAAGAGAAGGAGAAGGAGGUGGUUUCUCUCAAGGCUGCCUUGGAAUCUCUUGGCCGAUCCUACUAA